CAGAGGAAGAAGAAGGAUACAAGCUAAUUGAGCUAAGAACAAAGCAAUGUUUUACUCUCAUCAGCUCCUUGCGAGGAAGGCUCCUCUCGGCCAGAUCUGGAUGGCUGCGACCUUGAAUAACAAGAUUAAGCGAAGAAAUUUAGAGAAGCUCAAUAUCCCAUUGAUUUGUGAAGAGAUCCUUAACCCUUCAAUUCCGAUGGCUCUGAGGCUUUCGGGAAUUCUAAUGGGUGGUGUUGUGAAUGUGUACAAACGAAAAGUUGACUUUCUCUAUGAUGAUGUGAAUCGAUUCUUGGAGGAGCUCAAUAGAGUCUUCAAGGCAAAGAAUGCAGUCGACGCCGGCUGCAAAACUCAGGCCAAGCGCAGAGCACAGGCCAGGUCCGAGGCUGCAAUUACAAUCACGGACAUAGAUAAUUUCGACGUGAAUAUGGAGCAGCACACCAUCCACCCCCCAUUUUUUGAUGUCGCCAGAUUCCGGAAAAUGACAUUGCAAGAUUUGGAUGAUCAAUAUGUCAACAUAGUUGUUGGCGACGAUGACCACUCUGUUCAAAGGCAGCAUCAUCAAGCUAAUCCAGCCGACAUCACAUUGCCUGAUAGAAUUGAUUUGAGCACAAUACACACCGUCCCCUCUGAUCAGUUCGACAGAUUUGAUAUUGUAGAUGAAACCUUCACUGAGGCUGACUUCACGUCUCAAGUCUUGCCAGAUUCUCAACCUCGAGUUCCUCCGUCCCCUCCACCGCAGGAACCACUCCAUGAUGAUGGAAUGGGGCACAAACAGAUGGAAAUAGAGAACCAAGCCAAAGAGGAGAGUAACAAGAAAGAGGCGGAUGUGCAUCACCCGACCAAAAGGAAGGCAAAAAGGAACUCAAGUAAGGUCAUCAUGGAUGAGCAGACCAUGAUCCCAAGUGAAACAUACCAUUCGUGGCUCAAUGAUGCUUCCGACAUCCGUUCGCUUGGAAGGAAAAAGACAAAGCCGGCCACUCACCUAUUGCGCUCAGCCAAGAUAGACACUCUCAUGGAUCUGCCACCGCUGUGUCUUUUAGCUAGCUCAAACAACUUUCUUCAUAACAUUCAUUACCCAGAGCCACUUAUGGAACUGUGGAGAAAAUGUACUAUAGGAAAACCUAAAACGCCAGCAAUACAUCAGAGGAACACACCCCGUUCAUCCUCCGAGGAAGUGAUACACCAAGAUUUCGUUGAACUUUUCGAGCAUGGUAGUUUUGAUAUCGACAAAAUGCGGGCUGCUAAAGAAGAUUUUGGUUUUGCUCCUGGCGGUUUCUCUGGAGGAUUCACUUCCUCUGAUAGUCGUGUUGAUGAUUCUCAGCCUAUUCUCAGCUCUGGAGCUAGCCGUAAUUCAUUGACUUCCGGAAGGUCCAGACAAAAUUAUGCGCCCAUCGGAAACCUGUAUACAGUUGCCGAAGACUUUGAUACAGGUGCCGAAGACCUGGUCUUCCCCAGCUUAGCAAUUAUCUGCAAUUCAGCUGUGAUUCGUGAAUCAAAAUUUUCACACGAAGCACUUUUCUUGUUUGCGUCAACACCUCGGCUAAAUUGUUGUCUCGGCUGUUCCGCGAGCGAAACCCUUCACGAAAUACCUUCGUGA